CGCCUUCUCUUUCAAUUCAUCGUUGAAAUUUUGAAAUUAGUUAAAUACUCCUCUCUCAUCACUCAUCACUCAUUACCAAACCUUUCACAUUCUCUCUCUCUCUCUGUCUCUCUCAACCACGCCGUAGCUUCUAUACUUCAACAGACAUGGUAAGUAAUGGGGAGAAGAAAGAGACCAAAAUUGUGCUUACAAAGCCAAUGACAUUAGAAGGGGAAUCUGAUUCUGAUUCUGAUACUUAUAAAGCCCCUAAUCUUUUGCAACGCAUAUUAAGUUUGUUUAAGAAUGUGCGGCCAGGAUCUGAUCUCUCACGCUUUCAGGUGCCAGCAAUGUUUAAUUUGCCAAAGUCACAACUUCAGUGCUAUGGUGAGUCAGUGUACAGCACAGGAAUGGAGUUAAUAAGAGAAUGCAACAGAGGGCAGAGUCCAUUGGAUAGGUUGAUAGCAGUGAUGGCGUGGUCCAUUUCUACCACUCGCCCUGCAACUUUUGGUGUUGCUCCCUAUAAUCCCAUUCUUGGUGAGACUCAUCAUGUUUCUAAGGGAACUCUCAACAUAUUAUUGGAACAGGUUUCACACCACCCUCCAGUAACUGCCCUUCAUGCAACAGAUGAAAAAGAAAACAUAGAAAUAAUUUGGUGCCAGCGUCCUAUCCCAAAAUUUUAUGGAACAUCAAUUGAAGCUCAAGUACAUGGUAAACGGCAAUUGAAGCUUUUGAAUCAUGGAGAAACAUAUGAAAUGAAUUGUCCUCAUCUUUUAUUCAGAAUAAUUCCAGUUCCUGCUGUUGAUUGGAUUGGCAAAAUUAAUAUAAAAUGCAUAGAGACAGGACUUGAAGUUGAUUUAUCUUACAAAUCAACUCCUUCUUUUCUUGGAUUUGGUGGAAAUCAGAAAGUGGUCAAAGGGAAGAUCCUUAAUUCAUCAACUUUGAAUGUUCUGUAUGAAGUUGAUGGUCAUUGGAAUAGUACAAUAAAAGUAAAGGAUACAAAUAAUGGAAAAGUGAAAGUGAUAUAUGAUGCAAAAGAAGUCAUUAAUGGGCUGCAAACACCAAUUGUUAAGGAUGCAGAGAGUGUGUGGCCAACCGAAUCGGCUUAUGUUUGGAGUGAAGUGAGUGAAGCCAUAAUGAAGAAAGAAUGGGAGAAAGCAAGAGAAGCAAAGCAUGCAGUGGAAGAGAGACAAAGGGAACUCUCAAGAGAAAGAGAGUCAAAGGGUCAAACAUGGAUUCCUAACCAUUUUUUGGUGUCUAAUACCAAAGAACAUGGCUGGGACUGUUCACCUAUACAUAACUUUGUAUCAAAUGCCCCCAUCAUAGCACAAUAAUCUUCACUAAAAUUUAUAUUCUAAAGUCUGUGUAUAUAUUAUAUAUCUCAAUCUUUUUCAAGCAUUCAGUACAACUUUUUCCAUUAUAGUAAAGAAUAAAUAGGUAUUUGAUAUUUUUUAUAA